GGAACACGCGCAGCUACAGCCCUGCUUCUGCAUGCCCGUAUCCUGCAUACCGCUUUGGAAGACUCAAGCGACGAAGAUGACAGCGGUGAUGAGUUAGAUGACAUUAAUGUAGCUAUUCAGGUACUAGCUACGCGCUACUUGUUUCGCAGCACCGUCCUGAAGUCUGCUGACGGGUACCCAGCGCGGAUUUUCCUCAUGGGCUCCGUCCGCGCUCGUCGUGUUUUAAGAAUUAGCGUCGACGGUUUCUGCCUCCUGCUUGCUUCCGUAGCUCCACACCGUGUUUUCCAGCGGAAGCCAGGGAAACAGCAGCAAGCCCCAGUGCAGCUUCAGCUGGAAGUGUUCCUCUUCUCCAUGCAAUCGCUGUCGUACCACAAUAUUUCACAGCAC